AUGCAUUUGGGUGUUGUUUUGUUGCAGUCCUUGACAAGGCAACGGCCCCGAGAGACGUCGCAAACCAGACCCGAGUCACGAAGCUUCCCACUGAGCGUAAUCGACUAUAUGUCGAGGUCAGAGGCGGCGACGUCCCCGGAAAGCGGCCACGACGAGGAGGAAUCCUUCUUCGACAGGCCGCCGCCACCCCCGCCGCCGCCUCCGCCACCGCCUUCGCAACAAUCGCAAUCUCAAUUGGAACAGCAUAGCAUCGGUGACCUGGCGAAGGAUGACGAAGACAAUGCGAAAGUCGCGAACCUCCUCGAUUCCACCGGUGACAGAGAAACGUCCGAGGAAUUGGUCAGGUGAGCAUAUCACUCUGCUCACGUGUUUCUCAGCUUUACCAGCAACGUACAAUACGAAUACUUUUACGAACGAUCGCGACUUUAUCUACCUAUUAAUAUCGGCUUUUUUUUUAUAUUAACCGUGGCCAGGUAUCAUAAACUUAUAAGAUUCAUGACUAGUGAGGAAAAAACGAUGCAGAGUAUACGCAUCGAAAUAAAUAAGAGGCAGAACAUCUUUUGUCUGUACAUUUUGUAAUAUUCCGUAUUUAAAGAAAUAUUUUAAAAAAUUCAAGGUAUCAUACGAAUAUUAGUUUGCAAGUAAUUAUAUCGAGUUUAGCAGCUUGAUAAAUAGGUACGUUCUUGCUCGAUAGCCAAAACCGACCAACUUCCAUCACGUUACGGUAGAUAAAGAGUUAAAUUAGAUUUAAUUCUGUUCUUUCGAUCUCGUCUCAGUUCAAGUCAACGGGCACGAACUUCUUCUCGAGGUACAAAUCAAUAUGUAAUUUCUGUUGGUCGAGCCGAUUGCGAGUGUGAGAUUGAAGUGUAAAAUCGGGUUAAUUCGUUUGAUAUCCGCAGCAAGUGGAAAUUAAUGGAGAUUUUGCAUCGUAGGUUCGCCCCGCAGAAGGACGACAGGACGACGAUGGAUGGACAGGUCAGAAGACCUCGUCACAUUUCGAGGGACCAUUAUAUUUCA